UGCGCCUUGGCGAUAUUAUUGACUGUCGCGACGGUCGAUUGGAUCGCGCGCGCCCCUCGAUCGAUCGUUCCCGCUCCAGCUCCACGAUCUUCCAGCGCCACGCCCCGGAUUGAUUCGCGCGCCGGUGAGCGAUUUGAAUCGCGCGCAGCAAGAGCCCUAGUCCAGGGUUUAGGAAGAUGUGAGAGGAUUUGUCGCGUCGCAGCAUUGGCACCGGCAAAGUGAACCAUAUGAAAGGUAUGUUUCCUGGCGUCACAGCGUUGGACAAGGAUGGCACCCUGGACCAGCGUACGAAGGAAUCCUCGCCAUUAGCAGAGACAUUGUUUUUGCUUGCGCUCGUGUCAGAGGGAUAAUUCUUGUGAGCUGCAACACAGAAAAAUGCGAAAAGCAUUCUCCGACGCUGUCUUGAGAUAUGGCCGGAGUGAUAUGGACAACGAGAACAUGGGAUUUCUUGAGAGGUCCAAGAUGGUGGAGGUUACUGUUCCAGCUCUGGAUAGCAGUGGAAUGAAUGCCACUCGCGCUGGAACAAAGUCUCUCACUCGCUCUCGGACGCUGCUCAUCACUCCCACUGGCCAGUGCACACCUGUUUUGGAGGAUGACUUGGAGUUCGAUUUGGAAGCCAAGCAUGCGGAAUUCUCUUUGCCGAGGGAGCGCGAGAACAAGGUCCCUGAGGAGUCAUCGCUCGGGAAGUUUAGAGGCUCUGUCAAGUAUGUGCUGCUGCAAAGUCUCCUCUGGCUCAAAGAUCAAACGAAGGAAAAGGAAGUUAAUGCCACUGAGGAUGUUCUUGCCAGAUACCACAAUCUGUACCUAUACGGCACUGUUCCAUUGACAAUCAAAGUGAGAACAGCGAUUCGCAGUGGUACUCUCGGCCAUAUUCUACUCUGUAUAGAAUUCAUUGCAGCAGUUGUAUCUGUUGUUGCUUAUGUGCGAUCGACCUAUAUACUCUCGUCGACUCAUUGGAUUGUGAUCGUGAGGCGAGUUUUUGGUCUUUUCUUCGUCGCAGAUUAUCUCUUAAAGCUCUAUAGCGCUCCUGUCCGACUGUACUACGUUAUAUCCGUAAGUGGCCUCAUCGACCUCAGCAGCACCUUGUCAAUUGUUUGCCUCUGGAGCAAAUUUAAGAACGAUGGUGCUAUCCCUCAAAUGCUACUGGUCCUUCGAGCCUUGAGGAUUCUACCUUCCCUCACUUCGUUUGUGAUCGUCGGUGGUACAAUUGGCCAGCAAAUUUUUCUUCUCGUAAUGUACACACUCGGUGCUGUUUUUAUUGCCGCUGGCAUACUUCAGUGGGUGGAAUAUAAAACUACAUCGGCGGAUAAGAAAAUACAGCAAGGUUGUGGUGUCUCGGGAUGUUUUACCUUUUAUGAUGCUUUUUAUUUUGUGAUUGUGACGAUUACCACCGUUGGGUAUGGAGACUUCACGCCAAAGUCAAACUGGGGACGGCUAAUUACUCUCACUAUCAUGCUUGCUGCUGUACUUAUUCUUCCAGUGCAAAUCAACAGAAUUCUACAGCUUGCCUCUCGCAGACCUUAUGGAGGAAGAUUUACGAUGCAAAAGGCGGUUGGGUCUAACUUUAUCGUCAUCAGCGGAAAUGUAUCCCUUCAAACAAUUCGGCACUUCCUAGCUGGAUUCUAUCAUCCUAACCACGAUAAAGACAUGGCAGCGUUUCCUAUUCGAGUUGUUAUCAUGGCACCUUUCAAACCUUCGUAUGAGAUGAAGACACUUCUGACGCAUUACCGAGGACGAGUCAACUUCAUUGAAGGAACUCCUAUAAAAGAGUCCGAUUUAGAUCGUGUUUGUGCUACUUUUGCAACAGCGGUAUUCUUACUUGCGGAUGAGCAUGCGAAGGAUUUUGAUGCGGAAGACGCGGCUCAAAUAACCCGGACUCUUUCCGUUCAUCGUCAUUGUGGUUCGAAGGUGAGAGUGAUCGUGGAGCUGCUAAAACCUGAAAACUACAAUAAUGCUAUUUGGGAUGAAACUGAGGCUGGUAUUGAAAUUAUUUGUCCUGAGGCAGUCCGCUUUCAACUUUUAGCUCGAAGCUGUCUUAUUCAGGGGUUUUCAACUCUUGUAAUCAACCUUUUUCGUUCGGGGUUAUUGCUGAGACAUUCACACGCUGACCACUGGAUGACAGAGUACUGCUAUGGUGUUCGGCAGGAGAUCUUUCCAGCUAUAUUACCGGCUUGCUUUUUCGAAGAGAAACUGACUUUUGAAGAGGCGGCUGAAAUUGUGUACCUCAAGUACCAUGCAGUUCUUAUUGGCCUUGACAUUAUACUUGAAAAUAAGCUCCGUGUAGUGCGACUCUAUCCACGGGGCCGUAGAAUUAAGCCAUCCGACCUUGGCUUGGUCAUUGCGAAGGACUUAGAGAUGGCGGAACGUAUUUCAGAAUACGGUAAAGCACGCCGAAGAUCAUCUGGUAAAUUUAAGCAUGAAGAAGACCACGGGAUUCUUAGAAGCGUGAAGGGAAGCCGGCAGGACGUGGAAACUGGCUUUAAAAGCAGGGAUAGGGGGCGACGGACCAAGAGGACGACAACUGACGACCAUUUGUAUGACGACAAAAAGGAUUCCACCAGGCCAGGUACAAGAACGGAUUUUCAAGGCCAUUUUCGUCCCUUCUACUCGUCUAUCGAUUCGGUUGAAGAAGAAGGCCACUCAAAAGUAAAGUUCGUUGCUUCGCUGGAGGAAGCCAUAGAUAUGGCAAUGAGUUGGCCACCUUUGAGGAAGUGGGAUAAGCCCGAGCGACCGGUUUUGGAAAGAAGGGAAGACACGAUACUGGAAAACCUGCGGGAGAAGACGAUAAACGUAGUGGUUUUAUCCUUUCCUCACAUUCUACUGUGCAUCGAAGGAAACUGGCCACUAAAUCUCUUCUACUUCAUCUGCAACUUACGGAUUCCAACGAUGCCGCAGAUGCCACUUGUGAUCAUGCACCCAAGCACACCGACUGCCGCGGACUGGGGAUGCGUGGGAUUGUUUGUGGACGUCUACUUUGUGAAAGGCUCGGCUUUGUACGAGCUAGACUUGGUUCGUGCUGGAGUUUUGCAAGCGGAGAAGGUGGUAAUCCUCACGCAAGGCUUCGAGGACGACUUCCAACCAGUUGACGACGCAGCAGGAGCUGUGUCGCCUACAGUGAACACUCUGGACGUGAAGAACAUCGUCAUAACUGCGAACGUCGAGCGCCUUCUAAGCCCGGCCAGAAACCGUGUGCUGGUUGAACUCCAACAAGAGAUCCAGCUGCAAUUCCUCCGACCACAUUCCCGGAACCACACCGUGCAAUUCCAGCCAAAAACGUUGCAAAGAGACCGUGACGCGAGGUUACAGUUUGCACCACCAUUCGCCGAAGGCAAGGGACUUUGCCCGGCAGCAUUCACAUUCCUAACGUACGCCACGUUUUUCAACAGGAACUCCGUCUCAAUCAUCGAGCAGCUCUCUUGCGGGCGACACACCGGAGAGGACGAAGACGGUGACGAAAACUCCAUACGGAGGCUCGAGCAAAUUCCGAUCCCAAGCUGCUACGUCGGCCUCAGCUUCCAGCAGCUGUUCCAGGGGCUCUUGCACAACGAAAAGGCGCUCGCUCUGGGACUCUACCGCCCGGUUGGGACGCACAACUCUCCAGUCGCUUAUGUGAGCACGAACCCGGCCUAUGACACACUGCUUCACAGCGGAGAUCUCAUUUAUGUCCUCCAGUAGAAACGCAACUCGCUCGAGGUCAGUUCGCUCGAUUAAACUUCUCCUUCGCCUUUGUUGAUGUUUGCAUAAUCAGAACGCUAGAACGGAGAUCUCCUCCAGUA